GGACAGCCUUUGGGUUUAGAAAACCGUACGGCAUCAAAUGAAAGUUAAAGUUAAACUGCACACGUGAUCCGGCAGCCUGAAGUGACACCUAAAGCAGAAGAAGGAGGAAGUGUUCCUCCCACUUUGGUUUAGUUUUACUUCAGUUUGCGCACACACUUGAAGUAGUUGGUCAGCAGUCUUUGUGUUUCCCUUCAAAGCUCAGAGGAUGGAAAAGCAGGUGUAGCAGUCCAGUCUCCAGUCCUGGUGAUGUCCUGGUGAUGUCCGGGAGCCAAAACUCAGCUCGUUUCUUGCGUUAAGAAUGGGCCUUCUGUCGCCAUAAAGUGUCAUGGUUACACCAGGGAUGAGCGGCAAAACCACAGAGGGACCUGAUGUGACAAAAGGGAUGGAGAAGGUGAAAACACUGAGGCCGUACACUUCAUAUGGAACCAUGAAUGGAAGCUCAGCGGGCGACACCUGCCCCACGUGCCGCGGCACCGGGCGAAUUCCCAGAGGCCACGAAGACCAGCUAGUUGCUGUAAUACCAUGUAAUGAUGUCAGGCUGCAACCCAGACGCACGAAGCUGUACGUGUGUGUGUCCAUGGCCGUGUGUCUCCUUGUUUGCUGUCUGAUCCUCUUCUUCUGCUUCCCCCGGAGUGUCACCAUAACGCCCGUCUCUGUGCUGUCGGUCGUGGUCUACUUGACCCCAAAAACAGUGGAAAUGGAAGUCACAAAUCUCCUCAACAUCACCAACAAGAACUUUGUGCCGGUUCAGAUUGUCGAGUUUAGCGUUCAGGGUCUGAUCCUUAACGCUGUUGUUGGCAAGACCAAGAUAACCAACAUGACCGCCAUCCCGUCCAGAACGCAGAAAUCGUACACCUGUCAGAUCGACCUGUCGGUCACUGAUAAAGGCUUGAACUCUUACUGCAAGUCGAACAGUUUCAAGAUUCACACGCUAUUUUUGGAGCUGCAAAUGACAGUGAAUAUUUCUUAUCUCUCUCACACGGAGCAGCUGUCUCUGGACACCUUUGAAUAUAUUGACUGUGGCAACAAUUCAACAAUCCCGCAUCCUGUGAGAUGAUGAAAUCGAAAUGAAAAACACAGAAGUGGGAGUGUGAAAAUGUUAAUAUUCUGGCUGCAUUGCACCUUUUUCUCUCUCGUGUUCGGGAUGUGAACGAUAACUACUGUGAAAAUGCAUCUUAUUCUGUAUGUUGUUUUAGCAUACCUUUAAACAGAAAUCAGUCACUACAGGAAUAUAAAAAUAAUCAAUACAAUUCUAGGAUUGCACAAACGUUUCUCUCAUAUGUUUGAGAUCCACCUGUAAAUCUGUGUUGUUGGCAAACUAUAUAUUUCCAUUAAAAGGCAUGUAAAUUUCUUUAAAAUUAAACUAAUUUCACAACAUAUUUUUUUAAAACGGCUUCUUUUUAGGUGGCAGAUAUUGUGUAAAUAGGAUGUUAAUCCCUGAUCUCGUCUGUUAAUCUGAUCUUUUGUUUCAUUUGCACUUCAUUAAACUGUGGCAUUUUA